GGCGGCGGCGGCGGCGGCGGCAGGAAGGCGCUCUGGCGGGGGCGGCGCCGCGGGGGCGGGUCUGGCCGUCCCAGAGCUAAGUUGUGGGGCCCGGCUCCCUCCCGAUCCGAUUCUUUUUACCCUGCGCUACUCGGACCCAGCUCCGGGCUGUCUACCCCAGAGCCGCUGAUCCCGCAUCUCUCGGGUGAGGGGGACACGCCUGCCCUCGUCUAGAAAACUUUUCCUGCUGACUCGGUCGGGGCGGUGGUGGCAGGAAGUCCGGACAGCGACCUCUUCUCCGCCUGCCCUGCGCGCCCUGCCGGGUGCCGGCGCUGAGCUCGGGAUCAAGUUUGCGGGGGCCCCUUCCGGGCUGCAGGCGGGUCCCGCCUUAGGAGGGCCGCUCGACCCCAGGGAGGGCGGUGGGCCCGGGCAAAGGCCGAGGGCGCGUGGUGGCGCCGGAGACAAGGUGCGGAGCGCUGUCGGGAUCCGCACCCACAGCCCAAGGCGCGGAGAGCUGGAGCCCGGGAGCAGGGAGCCUCCGGCGGCCGCUUGCAGGAGUCCACAGCCCGCCCUCCUCUUUUGGUUGAGGACAGUGUGCUAGCCUCGAGUCUAUCUAGGAAAAAUGAAGUUAAGCCGCCAGUUCACCGUGUUCGGCAGCGCGAUCUUCUGUGUGGUGAUCUUCUCGCUCUACCUGAUGCUGGACCGGGGUCAUUUAGACUACCCCAAGAGCCCGCGCCGCGAGGGUUCCUUUCCUCAGGGCCAGCUCUCAAUGUUGCAAGAAAAAAUAGACCAUUUGGAGCGUUUGCUAGCUGAGAAUAAUGAGAUCAUCUCAAAUAUUAGAGACUCGGUCAUCAAUUUGAGUGAAUCUGUGGAGGAUGGUCCAAAAAGUUCACAAGGCAAUUUCAGCCAAGGUGCUGGCUCACCUCUUCUGCCGUCAAAACAGCUGUCCCUUGUAGUGGACCCUGAAGACUGUUCAUUCGCUUUACAAGGUGGAAGUAGGAAUUCAGAUGUGCAGAUGUUGGAUGUUUACAGUCUAAUUCCUUUUGACAAUCCAGAUGGUGGAGUUUGGAAACAAGGAUUUGACAUUAGCUAUGCGGUUAAUGAGUGGGACUCUAAGCCCCUUCAAGUCUUUGUGGUGCCUCAUUCCCAUAAUGAUCCAGGUUGGCUGAAGACUUUUGAUGACUACUUUAGAGAGAUGACUCAGUAUAUUUUUAAUAACAUGGUCAUCAAGCUGAAAGAAGACUCACGGAGGAAAUUUAUAUGGUCUGAGAUUUCUUACCUUUCAAAGUGGUGGGAUGCUAUAGAUAAGCCGAAGAAGGAUGCUGUUAAAAGUUUGCUACAAAAUGGUCAGUUUGAAAUUGUGACAGGUGGCUGGGUUAUGCCUGAUGAAGCUGCUGCACAUUAUUUUGCCAUAAUUGACCAACUAAUUGAAGGACAUCAGUGGCUGGAAAAAAAUCUAGGAGUGAAACCUCGGUCCGGUUGGGCUAUCGAUCCUUUUGGACAUUCCCCAACCAUGCCUUAUCUUCUCAAACUGGCUGGAUUUUCUCACAUGCUUAUUCAGAGAGUUCAUUAUGCAGUUAAAAAACAUUUUGCAUUGCAUAAAACGCUGGAAUUUUUUUGGAGACAGAAUUGGGAUCUGGGAUCUGGCACAGAUAUUUUUUGCCACAUGAUGCCCUUCUACAGCUAUGACAUCCCUCAUACGUGCGGACCUGAUCCUAAAAUAUGCUGCCAGUUUGAUUUUAAACGGCUUCCUGGAGGCAGAUUUGGUUGUCCCUGGGGAGUCCCCCCAGAAACAAUACAUCCUGGAAAUGUCCAAAAGAGGGCUGAGAUGCUUCUCGACCAGUACCGAAAAAAGUCAAAGCUCUUCCGUACCACAGUUCUCCUGGCCCCACUGGGAGAUGAUUUUCGCUACUGUGAGCGCACAGAAUGGGAUCAUCAGUUUAAGAAUUAUCAGCUGCUUUUUGAUUAUAUGAAUUCUCAUCCCGAGUAUAAUGUUAAGAUACAGUUUGGAACUUUAUCAGAUUACUUUGACGCACUGGAUAAAGAAGAUGUAACCAGUAGAAAGAAUAGUCAAUCAACGUUCCCUGUUCUAAGUGGAGACUUUUUCACUUAUGCUGACCGAGAUGAUCAUUACUGGAGUGGCUACUUUACAUCCAGACCCUUUUACAAACGAAUGGAUAGGAUAUUGGAAUCCCAUUUAAGGUCUGCUGAAAUUCUUUACUAUUUCGCCCUGAAACAAGCUCAGAAAUACAAGAUAAGUAAAUUUCUUUCAUCAUCCCAUUACAUGGCACUGACAGAAGCCAGAAGAAAUUUGGGACUGUUUCAGCAUCAUGAUGCGAUCACAGGAACUGCCAAAGAUUGGGUGGUUGUGGAUUAUGGUACCAGACUCUUUCAUUCCUUAAUGAAUUUGAAGAAGAUAAUUGGAUAUUCUGCACUACUUCUUAUUUUGAAGGACAAAAACUCAUACAACUCUUAUUCUUUUGAUAACCUCCUAGAAAUGGAUUUCAAACAAAACUCACAAAGUUCCCUACCACAAAAGACUGUAAUAACGCUGAGUGCAGAUCCAAGGUAUCUUGUGGUCUAUAAUCCUUCAGAACAAGACCGAAACUCGGUGGUCUCGGUCUACGUGAGUUCCCCCACAGCGCAAGUGACUUCUGCUUCAGGAAAGCCAGUGGAGAUUCAAAUGAGUGCAGUUUGGGAUACAGCAAGUGCUAUUUCACGGACAGCCUAUGAGAUCUCUUUUCUAGCACAGAUACCACCAUUGGGAAUGAAAGUGUAUACAAUUGUGGAAUCAGCAAAUUCAGAUCCACAUUUAGCUGAGUAUGUUCUGUAUAAUGGUAAUAUCAAGGAUAAAGGAAUUUUCAACAUGAAGAAUAUAAAAAGUGCUGAGGAAGACAUAACUUUAGAGAACUCCUUUCUUAAACUUCAGUUUGGUCCAUCUGGGCUUAUGGAGGGAAUGAUAAAUAAAGAAGAUGGUAAGCAUCAUGAAGUAAAAGUGCAAUUUUCAUGGUAUGGAACCACCAGUAAAAAAGACAAAAGUGGUGCCUACCUCUUCUUACCUGAUGGGGAAGCCAAGCCUUAUGUUUACACAACGCUACCCUUUGUCAGAGUGCAACGUGGAAGGUUUUAUUCGGAUGUGACUUGCUUUUUUGAACAUGUUACCCAGAGAGUCCGACUGUACAACAUACAGGGAAUAGAUGGACAGUCUGUGGAAGUUUCCAAUAUUGUGGACAUCCGAAAAGAACAUAACCGUGAGAUUGCAAUGAGAAUUUCUUCUAGCAUCAGCAGCCAAAACAGAUUUUAUACUGACCUGAAUGGAUACCAGAUUCAGCCUAGAAUGACAAUGAGCAAAUUACCUCUUCAAGCAAAUGUCUAUCCAAUGACGACAAUGGCCUAUAUCCAGGAUGCCAAGCAUCGCUUGACACUACUCUCUGCUCAGUCUUUAGGGGUUUCGAGUUUGAAAAGUGGUCAGAUUGAAGUUAUCAUGGAUCGAAGACUCAUGCAAGAUGAUAAUCGCGGCCUUGAACAAGGUGUCCAUGAUAACAAGAUUACAGCUAAUUUAUUUCGAAUACUACUGGAAAAACGAAUUGUUGUGAAUAUGGAAGAAGAAAAGAAUGCAGUCAGUUACCCUUCCCUCGUUAGCCACAUAACUUCUUUUUUCCUGAAUCAUCCUGUCUUCACAAUGAUAGAAAAGAUCCCCAUGCCAACCCUUCAGCUGCUAGGUGAAUUCUCUCCAUUACUGUCAUCUUUGCCUUGUGACAUUCAUCUUGUUAAUCUGAGGACAAUACAGUCAAAGGUGGACGGCAAGCAUUCCGAUGAGGCAGCCUUGAUCCUCCACAGGAAGGGGUUUGACUGCCGCUUCUCUAGCAGAGACACAGGGCUGCUUUGUUCCACUACCCAGGGAAAGAUUUUGGUACAGAAGCUUUUUAACAUGUUCACUGUCUCAAGUCUUAUACCUUCAUCGUUAUCCUUGAUGUAUACACCUCCAGACGCCCGAAAUAUAAGUGAGAUCAAUUUGAGUCCCAUGGAAAUUAGCACAUUCCGAAUCCAGUUGAGAUGAACCUGGCUUUCAAAUUUGGAUUGGGAAGCAUUGUCUUUUACACACUUGGUUUGACGUGCAAUAAGGAAGCACAUUAUUUUAGCUUCUGGCUACUGUGAGAACAUGAAUUCUGUGAUUACUAUUUUUUUUUUUACCAGUACAGAAAGAAAAAAAAGAAAGCCAUGCUAUAGCCAUUUUUUUUUUACAGUUCCAUCCAUGAACCGCCACCAUCAGUGUGUAUUUAUGCAACAACAAAUGAAGAAGUGUCUAAAACAGCCUCUCAACAGAUUGUAUCUCAGGUUAAAUGCUAAUUAAUUAUAUCUGUGUUGGGGGUUGCGAAGAGAUUGCUACAAGUAUUCAUGUUGCUGAUCCUUCAUUAGUUUUAUAAAAAUGCCCAUUUUCCCCAAAAUGAACAAAAGGCUGGUGAGUAAUAGCUAAUGGCCAAAACGGUUGCAAUCAUUCGUACACAUUAGAAAAAUUUCGUGUAUUGAAAUAUGUGGCAAAGUGCAAUCCAUCGACCCUUAUGAUAUGUAGACAGAGUUGAUCUUUACACCUUUUUCUAAUGUCCCACUUAACCCCUCCCUUCUCACCCUUUGUAAGUAUUUCCAGAAAUAUCAGAUUUUGAAUCAUUCAAUAGUAGAAAAGAGGCAUAUUUUCAUUACCUGACAAUGUGGGAUAGGUGCAAUUUAUUCCAUUGUCACUAAAAUAGAAGAAGCAAUUCCGUAGGUACCAUAACCUAUUUUAGGUACCCCAAGGUGUCUUUUUACACAGCUCAUUUGAAUACAGAUGUUCUGAGAGGGGUUUUCUAUUUUAAAAAUAACCAUAUCAAAAUAAAUGUGCCUUAUUUUUUUAUAA